GUAGGCAGUAACAAAAGAAGUGACUUCAGUGUCGCCUCUGGCCUCUAACUCUGCGCGCUCAAAAUCUCCCAACCACAUUGCCGCAUGGCGCCGUGAGUCGAGCGCACGUCUUUUAUUUUUAUUUUAUUUUUACGUAGUGCCCAUAAUCAUCCGGUAUAUUAUUUUCUUUUUUUUUCUACAACAAACUGGUGUGCAAAACGGUGUUGUUUUUGUAGUUUUUUGUGUUGUGUUGUGUGUGUGUGAAAAUGAACGGGGUUUUGGAUGGAGAGAUCAUUGACAGACAUUCGGCGCUGGACGUUGGUGUCGGUGGCGAUGCACGGGACUCCAAAAUGUGGCAGACAGCAGACGAAAACAGACUAUCAACAUUCCCAGCCAGCGGCGACCGACAGAACCUGUUGCGGUCUCACGCGGCCAAAAGCGCAGAAUGCGGGGCAGGAGGGUCACCACGGGCGCGACGCGCACCAAGAGAAUCCCGCAGGGUUUCCCUUGCUCAGGCUCCGGGAUAUGUUCAACUUAAUCAGUACAGGCUUCUUGAGCCCAUUGGACAGGGCUCGUAUGGGAUCGUGAAGUUAGCUUAUAGCGAGGAGGACGACACACAUUACGCGAUGAAAAUUCUCUCAAAACGAAAACUGAUGCGACGCGCGGGCCUCUUCGGGCGCGCGCCGCCGCGUCGCCCCGGACCCGGCCCGCCGCCGGACCCGCUGCAACGGGUGUACCGUGAGAUAGCGACGCUUAAGAAGUUGGACCAUCCUAAUGUUGUGAAAUUGGUUGAGGUGUUAGAUGACCCUGAGGAAGACCAGCUGUACCUCGUGUUCCAACUGCUGGAAGGUGGACCAGUCAUCGACAUACCGACAGACAACCCGCUCAGCGAGGAGCUAGCAAAGAAGUACUUCCGAGAUGCUUUACUAGGGAUCGAGUACUUACACUACCAACGCAUCGCCCACCGCGACAUUAAACCAGCUAACCUCCUUCUUGGCGACGGUCGGGUGCAAGUGGCGGACCUUGGUGCCUGCGGGGAGUUAGCAGAUGCAGGGCUUGCAGGGGGCGUGGGGACCCCGGCCUUCAGGGCUCCUGAAGCGGCUGCACCAGCUGAUCGGUAUAACGGGGAGGCGGCAGAUAUCUGGUCGCUAGGCGUAACCCUCUACGCCAUGUUGACCGGUCGCGUGCCCUGGAGCGGUGCGUGCGCUGAGAUAGCUCAACGAGCGCUCACUGAACCAUUGAAGUUUCCAUCGCGACCGACGCUUUCAGCGCCUCUAAAGGGGUUGCUUUUACGUAUGCUUGACAAGGACCCGGCGAGAAGAGCUACGAUGCAUGAAAUUAAGGAACACGGCUGGGUGACAAACAACGGAGCUGAUCCUCUACCCUCAGAGCAGGAGAACUGUCGCCUGGUGGAGGUGACAGACGAGGACAUGGCACGAGUCGUCACCUCCAUCCCCAAUCUGUCCACCCUCAUCCUCAUCAAGACCAUGCUCAAGAAGCACAGCUUUCAGAAUCCGUUUCUCCGAAGUCGGGAAGGCAGUACAUCUCGCCGCGAGUCCUCGGAGACCAUCAAGGAGGCCGAAAAGCCGAAGCGAGGAGGCCUGGCGCGCUCGGGGCGGUCGCUUUCGGCCCCUGGGAACUAUCUUAUGGACAGCCGACAGUCGUCGUUCGACAUCGCCCUAGAGUCUGUCCAAGAGUCCCGCGACCAGACACAGGACAACGAUACCAAGGACGAGGAAAACAAAAUGGCCGCGCGGUGAUACGACAAGAUGGCGGCACCGCCCGCCCCCAGGGUCCGCGCGCCCGCGCAGCGCGUCAAGCAUUAAUGCUGCUGAUUCACUAGGAGAUAAAGUUUAACAUCGCUUGACUUUAAAUGAAAUCGCGUGACUUUUAUUACAUUAUGUUAAAGUUUGAUUCUACUGUGUGCGUUUGCGAGCGGGUCUCAAUCUCAAUAUUCUCAAUGCUGGAGAAUGGGCGCCUAAGUCGAUUGAAAUAUUAUUCAGAAUGAAGUACGUCGGUAAAAUCCUGGUAAAAUGGUACUUAUCAAUGUAAUUUUAUAAUUUUAAGACAAUCUAAAUUCUUAAUAUUAUGUCUGAAAACGUCACGUUCAAUUAGAUUUGAUGUCAUUGCGUAGAUAAUUGGAUAAUUUUGUCCCCUAGUGAAUUAGACGCUUUAAAAAACUUAUACAAAAAAAGAGAUUUUUAAUGAUAUAUUCAUGCAUUUUUUGCCUUUAUAGUUUGUAGAUUAAUUUCUAAGUCAAGUUUCUUUAGUUUUUGUACUUAAAGCUAAAGGUGACAUAAAGUGAGGUUAAGCAAUUAGUAGCAAAAGCACGAAGAUGAUAUUUUUUAUAUAUUAUAGUAUAGAAAUAUUGUAAAUAUUUUUAAACAUUAAUAUUUCAUUCCUCGACUAGUCCCAAGAUUUUAAAUAAUAUUAUAAAUAAGGUAUUUUUGCCCUUUUUGACCUAAACUAAGAAGUCACACUCCACUUCAU